AUGGAAUCAUAUGUCUUUGAGGAGCAUUCAUCGACCAACGAUCAUCACACUGAAGUCGAAGGAAAGAAUGAAUUGUCAAACAAGGCAGUGACGAUUAUGUCAGAAGCCCCCCAAGCGAGCUGUUCUUAUUGUGGCGAGGAUGACCCGCGCUGUCUUGCUAUGUGUAGUGCCUGUUCAAGGUGGUUUUGUAACGGUGCACAUGGCACCAGUGGUUCACAUAUCAUCCUGCAUCUCGUUAAAUUUAAGCAUCGUGUGGUACAAUUACAUGCAGAAAAUGAGCUUGGGGAUUCGACUUUGGAGUGCUACGUAUGUCGUUCACCCAACAUCUUUUCGUUGGGAUUUAUGCCUUCCAAAGAGGAUUCUGUUGUUGUAUUGGUUUGUCGGGAGCCUUGUCUUCACUCCAAGACUUUGCGCGAUUUAAAUUGGGACUCCUCGACUUGGCUGCCAUUGAUUGAGGAACGUCGUUUGCUUCCGUGGAUUUGUAAGGUACCAAAUGUUCCUUGUAAAACACUCACAUUGCAUGAUAUUACGACACUUGAGUUAAGUUGGGAAAGUCAAGACAAACAGAGUCUGAGUGUCACUGAAAAGGCUCCUCAAGUGCCAUUACGCUUUGAAAAUGGUGAGGAAUACUUGAAUGUCUUCUCAACGCUGAUCACUAUGGACGCUCAGGCCUCAAAGGUGAGGAAAGACUCAGCCUUUGAGGAUAUUCCUUGCAAAUUGCAGAAACAAGUUGGAAGACGAUACUUCUUUCUGUUAAAACAGCUACCCCUUGCUGAUGUGGGUGUGCAUCGUGGUGACUAUGCUUCAAUUUCCAUUAAAGGGGGUUCACGCUCUUUAAAUGGUGUCCUCGUUGAGAUUGGGAAGCCUCAACUUGGCGAAGACGAAGUUGUGUUUGAGGCGGAUGACACACGGUUGGCGCAGGAGAAAAAGGCGUUGAAUGAAAUUCUGGCCGCAUCCACAGUGGUUUUUCGCCUGGAAUUCAGCUCCGUUGCGAAUGUGAGGAAAUGCAAAGCGUUGGAGGAGAUGGUUAGGGGGCAGGCCCCGCUAUCUGCGUAUCUUUAUUACACUAUUCUUGGUCAGACGGAAGAAGCAAAAAAGCGGUUUUCUCUAGUGGAUAUGGAGCUUUCUGCAAAACGUUUACCCGACCUGAAUUUCUCUCAAGAGAGUGCAGUGAGAACCGCGUUGAAAAAUCCAUUAACGUUAAUUCAAGGCCCUCCAGGGACAGGCAAAACUUCAACCAGUGUUGCCAUCGUGUAUCAGAUGCAUCAGAAAAUAAAAUCUCAAAUUCUUGUUUGCGCCCCGAGCAAUGUUGCUGUAGAUCACCUGUCCGAAAGGAUACCUGCAACCGGCCUAAAUGUGGUACGCGUACAGGCCCACUACCGUGAAGCAGUGCCCAACUCUGUUGAGCACAUUGGGCUUGAUAAACAGGUUGAGGAUUACAUUGAAGCAAGUAGGGGUAAUCAACAGAUGAAGCGCCUUCUCUCCUUACUGAAGGCAGGUGAUAACCUGAGCGAUGAAGAGUACAACCUGUACCAACAGUCUGUAAGUGACAUUGAGCGUCUGAUCCUCGAUAGUGCAGAUGUGAUCUGCUGCACCUGUAUUGCCGCAGGCGACAGACGGAUGAGACACAUGCGUUUCAAGCAUGUUCUGAUUGAUGAAGCAACGCAAGGAAAUGAGCCAGAGACUUUAAUACCUCUCGUGCGUGGAGCGAAGCAAGUGUUUCUCGUCGGAGAUCAUUGUCAGUUACGCCCGGUGGUUGUUUCGCUACCCGCAGAAAAGGCUGGACUUCGUCGAAGUUUGUUUGAACGACUACUAACGAUUGGUCACCGUGCGGUACGACUUGAGGUGCAGUAUCGCAUGCACCCAUGUUUGUCCUUGUUCCCAUCUAGCUACUUUUACGAGGGGACGUUGCAAAACGGUGUGACGGAAGAGCAGCGUGAUGCAUCGAAGGUAUUCCCGUGGCCAGAUCCCACACAGCCCCUAUUCUUUUACAACACAACAGGAGCUGAGGAAUUGGGAGCGAACGGCAGCUCAUACCUUAACCGAGCUGAGGCUGCAUUAACUGAACAAAUUGUGACGAGGCUUAUACGGGAUGGUGGUGUUAAUCCCAAUGGCAUCGGAGUCAUCACCCCCUACUCCAGUCAGUGCCGGUACGUUAAGAAUUACUUUACCAGGUGUGGGCCUCUGUCAGGUGAUAUUUACGAAGAUGUUGAGGUGUCGUCCGUGGAUGCCUUUCAAGGAAGGGAAAAGGAGUUUAUCAUUCUUUCGUGUGUUCGCAGCAAUCACCGCCAGGGAAUAGGGUUUGUAAUGGACUGGCGGCGUCUCAACGUCUCUAUAACCCGAGCAAGGCGUGGCAUGAUUAUUCUGGGAAAUGUGCAAGUUCUCUCGCGGUACGCGCCGUGGCACGCCCUCCUUGAGCAUUUGAUGGGGUUGUCGUUGAUUGUGGAUGGUCCUAUUGGAGAGCUUGUAACAUCCAAGGUAGUGCUGCAAAAACCGAGGACUCGAAACGUGUCCUCCAAUCCUGAAGAAGCGCUCAACUAA